AUGUCGACUCUCGAGGAGCUCGAUGAUCUCGACCGCCGAGACAAGGAGGAUAAGAAGAGAAAUGGCGACGACAAGAACCAGAAGAAGCCCACUGAUGGCGAUGCCGACAUGAAAGACGCCGAGGAAGAGGACGAUGAUAUUCUUGACGAAGAGAUCCUUGGACUCAGCACACAAGACAUCCAAACUCGCAAGCGUCUUCUUGAGAACGACUCUCGGAUUAUGAAGAGCGAGCUCUCCCGGUUAUCACAUGAGAAGGCUGCCAUGGGCGAGAAAAUCAAAGAAAACCUGGAUAAGAUUGCCAACAACCGACAACUCCCAUACCUCGUCGGAAAUGUUGUCGAACUGCUCGACCUCGACCCAACUGCCGAAUCCUCCGAAGAGGGUGCGAACAUUGACCUGGAUGCGACUCGAGUUGGAAAGUCAGCCGUUAUCAAGACAUCUACACGUCAAACGAUCUUCCUCCCUUUGAUCGGUCUCGUGGACGCCGACAAGCUAAAGCCCGGUGACCUCAUUGGAGUCAACAAGGACUCAUAUCUUAUUCUCGAUACCCUUCCAGCUGAAUAUGACAGCCGUGUCAAGGCCAUGGAAGUUGAUGAGAAGCCUACAGAACAAUACACUGAUGUUGGUGGAUUGGACAAACAGAUCGAAGAGUUGGUGGAAGCUAUCGUAUGGCCAAUGAAGGAGGCCGAGAGGUUCAAGAAGAUUGGCAUCAAAGCCCCCAAAGGUGCACUCAUGUAUGGCCCACCUGGUACUGGCAAGACACUCCUAGCACGAGCAUGUGCUGCCCAGACUGAUGCUACUUUCUUGAAGCUGGCAGGCCCUCAACUAGUCCAGAUGUUUAUUGGUGACGGUGCCAAGCUUGUCCGAGAUUGCUUUGCGCUGGCUAAAGAGAAGGCACCCGCUAUCAUCUUCAUCGACGAGUUAGAUGCCGUUGGUACCAAACGUUUCGACAGCGAGAAGAGCGGUGAUCGUGAGGUGCAACGAACCAUGCUGGAACUAUUGAACCAGCUCGAUGGAUUCGCUUCCGACGAUCGAAUCAAGGUGCUGGCUGCGACAAACCGUGUGGAUGUUCUCGACCCAGCCUUGCUCCGUUCUGGUCGACUCGAUCGCAAGAUUGAAUUUCCUCUUCCCAAUGAGGAGGCUCGUGCCCAGAUCAUGAAGAUCCAUUCACGCAAAAUGAGAGUUGACCCCGGGGUGAACUGGGGUGAACUGGCUCGAAGCACGGACGAGUUUGGAGGUGCAAUGUUGAAGGCUGUGUGUGUAGAGGCUGGUAUGAUUGCUUUGCGAUCAGGCAAGAACAAGAUUGGCCACGAGCACUAUGUUGAUGCUAUUGCUGAGGUGCAGGCCAAGAAGAAGGACACGGUCAACUUCUACGCUUAA